UGUUUAAUGAAAUUUUUAAUUAAAAUCAAUAAAAAAUAAUAAAUGAAUAAUGGCACAUAAUAUAAUACUAGUAAUUUGACAAAUUUCUGAUAAUAUAACCAAAUUUUUUAAUAUGAUUUUAUGUAAUAAAAAUAAUAAUAAAAGAAAAUAAUAUGAAUUAUAUAUAUAUUAUAUGAUAUAAAUUAUAUAAUGUAUAAAAUGUAAAUAAUUUUUUAUCAUCAUGAAAUUUAAUGAAAAACAACUUGCAGAAGCAAGUAAUGGUCCUGCUGACAUUGAAGGUCGUUUAAAUCAUAAACGAGCACACAAAUCAGGAUUCAAGGAAAAAUGGUUCAAAUUGAGAUGUAACUUAUUGUUCUAUUUCAAUAUUAAUGAAUUAGGACAAAUUGAUACUAAGCAACCAGCAGGUGUAAUUAUUUUAGAAAAUUAUAAUAUUAAUCUUGAUGCUACUUCUGAAGGUGUUUUUGCAUUUAGUAUAGCAUUUCGAGAUGAAUAUGAAAAAAGACAUAUUUUAAGUGGUCGUUCAGAAUCUCAAGUUGAACAAUGGGUCAAUGCACUUAAGCAAGCAAGUUAUGAAUAUUGGAGAUUUCGUUUAAUAGUACUUCAAGAAAAAUUAUGCAAGAAAACAGGAAUAGAUCCUUUGCUUAUGUAUCCACGAAAUCAAGGAAUUAUUAGAGAUGAAGCAUGGGAAGCUGCAUCAACUUUUCGAUCUCAUGUACGCUCUUUUACUACAUCAGUUGUAGCAUCAACAGCAUUAAAUACAGUAACAAAAGAAAUGAACUUAAUUGAAUUUUAAGUCAAAUAAUCUAAUUAUUUU